AUGCUAGGCCUUGCCGAAUUCCACAUCAAAGAAGACCCCUCGCUCGACCAACCCGAUCAGCUUACUCUUCGUCACUUUCGGAAGAUCUAUAAGUUUCCAACGAACGAUAAUGAUGAUGAAGUCGCUAAAUUCUUUGAUCAUGCAGACCUCAUAGUUUCGGAGGGCGAUCCUGCAGAUGUUCCCGGUCUCGCAAAUUUCAUACGACUGGUUUUCAACAACAAACCACCAAAAACAUGGGAUGAUCGUGAAAAUGCUAAAAGGUGGCUACUACAGUUCCAGAACAAGGAAUGUACUGGCGACAAGUUCGCUGUGGGACAAACCGUUGAUGGUCGGUGGGUCAUCACGUCUCAACUUACAGAAGUCAAGGGUUCGUGUAAUCAGGGCAUUCUCUUCGUCCUCGAUAAACUGAAUGGCGACAAAUGUAUUAUGAAGCUCCUGACCUCAGAAGCCCUGGAUCCCGGUCGUUCGAGUCGAGAGAUUGGCAUUCUACGCCGCCUAUCUGUUACAAGGUAA